AUGUCGCAGACCGGCCAACGCCUUCAAAAUGAGGGCUCACGCCUCCAAGUAGUUGCCGCGGGAGCCACCGCCGGUCUGGUCUCGAGGUUCGUCAUUGCACCGCUCGACGUCGUCAAGAUCCGGCUCCAGUUGCAGUCGCAUUCCCUCUCGGACCCCCUGUCACAUGCGAACCUGCGCGGCUCGCCCGUCUACAAGGGCACGUUACGGACGCUACAACAUAUCGUGCGAAAUGAAGGGGUCACGGGACUGUGGAAGGGCAAUGUGCCAGCCGAGCUUAUGUACGUGUCGUAUGCCGCCGUGCAGUUCACGGCGUACCGGUCGACGACGAUGCUGCUGCAUCGCAUGUUCGGCGACGACAACCGCCUCCCGCAAGCGGCCGAGUCCUUUAUCAGCGGCGCCGCUGCCGGCGCUGCAGCCACUGCGACUACGUAUCCGCUGGACCUGCUGCGUACACGCUUCGCCGCCCAGGGCAACGACCGCGUCUACACGUCUCUGGUGCGGGCGAUAUGGGAAAUCCGCCGCGACGAGGGGUUCAAGGGGUUCUUCCGCGGGUUAUCGCCCGGCCUCGCACAAAUCGUGCCGCUCAUGGGUGUGUUCUUCGCCAUAUACGAGUCCGCGCGACAGCCGCUCGGCCAGCUGGACCUGCCGUGGGGAUCCGGGGACGCAACUGCGGGCGUGCUCGCUAGUGUCGUCGCAAAGACGGGCGUGUUCCCGUUAGAUCUCGUGCGCAAGCGUAUCCAAGUGCAAGGUCCCACGCGGAAUCGCUAUGUCCACCGAAACAUUCCCGAAUAUGCAGGCACCAUUAGUACGAUCAAGCAGAUCGUCAAGCAAGAGAGGAUAAGGGGCCUUUAUAGAGGAUUGACGGUGAGUUUGAUGAAGGCGGCGCCGGCGAGUGCGGUUACGAUGUGGACAUACGAAAGAAUGAUGAACUUCCUUAUUAGUUAUGGAGACAACGAUACGACAGAGACGGCUGUUUAG